CAUAAAUAGAAGCAUAUGAUAUUGUCUUCCAGGUCAUACUGCGUGCGAUUUACUCAUUUUUUCGGACUGUCUCUUCACUCAAUUCCCUUUCGUUGAGAUAUUAACUUGAUCUCCUCCAAGUCAAGCUCCACACACGAUCUCAUUCUCUCGACGCUGGACGCGCAUUCAAAGACAAAAUGCCCGCCCACCUCAACCAUGAGGAGUUCUUCGCCUCUCUGACAUCCCUCCUAAACACAACCUCCCAAAAAGCCCGCGGCUCCGUCUACCUCACCCAGAAGCCCUUUCCCAGUACCGACAGCACCGACUCCCAACAACAACAACAACCGCCAGCCAUAUUGAUCCGCGCGACCGACGGCAAUACUAGCGCCCCAAAUCCGAAAACCAAGGCUAGCAAAACACCGGGAAAGGCGACACCCUCCAAGAAAGUCAAGCUGUCGACGGUCGUGAGCCCGGAGGAACUGGAGGCGUUCUAUGCGCGGUACGCGGAGGUGUGUAAGGCUGGGAUGACAGGGUUGAAGAAGCGCGACCGGAAGAAGAAGAAUGCCAAGGGGAAGGCCGCGGGCAAGGUGCAGAAGGCCUGAAGUUGGGCCUGUCGGUGGGAGGAUAGGAAGCUAUGUUGUUGGGAUCGGGUGGAUUGGAGGGCGUCCUCGGGAUGAAAUGGAAACCGUGCCUGUGGGGUAUUGCAUUACUGAGCAUGGUGCUUGAGGACAGGACUGAAGGGGGUCGGGCCGGCCCAACAUGCAUCCUGUUCAUUGUGUGGUCGAUUGCAUCUAUUAGGCGUUUUAUGAGGUUAUGUCUCACUUGUCAUAUAUCAAUCAAGAGUUUUGUAAAAAUGGGUUCACGGAGC